AUGUUGUGUAAGUUUGCUUUCCUAUAUGGCAAACUGUACCUGUCAUUAAGUGGAUUUAAGGCUGCAAUAGUGAAGUUUGCUAGGAGAAAGGGAGAGGAUACAUUAAUGGUGGAAAUAGCUUCACAAUCAAUUGUUCAAAUUGGACUUCUAACGACUUUGCCAAUGGUCAUAGAAAUUGGACUAGAGAGAGGGUUCAGAACUGCUCUAGGUGACUUCAUAAUAAUGCAGUUACAGUUGGCACCUGUUUUCUUUACUUUCUCGCUUGGAACGAAAAUGCACUAUUUUGGGUGCACUCUCCUGCAUGGAGGGGCAAAGUACAGAGCAACUGGAAUGAUGUACUACCAGCGUGCUCUUAAGCUCCAGGCUUUUCUUGAUAUGGCUAAUGAAAAGGAGAUACUUGAUGGAUAUAAAGUCGUUACUGUUCCAUCUGAGGAAGAUAAAAAGAGUCACAGAUCACUAUAUGCCAGUUUAGAGGCUGCUGCUGACAUGAAAUUCACAUACAUUGCUACCUGUCAGAACUACGGAAAUCAGAAGCGUAGUGGAGACCGUCGUGCAACAGACAUUCUGAAUUUAAUGGUCAACAAUCCUUCGCUUCGGGUGGCAUUUAUUGAUGAGGUUGAAGAAAGAGAAGGAGGAAAAGUACAGAAAGUUUAUUAUUCUGUAUUGGUUAAAGCUGUGGACAAUCAUGACCAGUAA